UAGGCGCAGACACGUGUGCUGUGUUCAUGUGAUGCUCACCAGAAGUUAUUGAUCUAAUUGAAUUGGUUAUCGCCGAAUCUCCAACACAGUUUGUUGUUGUAGUCAUGGAGUACAUGCAAGGCCCGCCCUCAAGCAGCCAAGGCAAUAUCCUGUGCUGUAUGUGUGGCAUUGCCAUUCCUCCAAACCCAGCCAACAUGUGCGUCUCCUGCUUGAGAAAUAAAGUGGACAUCUCGGAAGGAAUUCCCAAGCAAGUCACCGUCCAUUUCUGCAGGCAGUGUGAACGGUACCUGCAGCCUCCGGGGACGUGGCUCCAGUGCGCUCUGGAGUCCCGUGAGCUUCUGGCUCUGUGCCUUAAGAAACUCAAGGCUUCCAUGGCAAAGGUGAGACUUAUCGAUGCGGGCUUCUUAUGGACGGAGCCGCACUCUAAAAGAAUCAAGAUGAAGCUGACCAUCCAGAAAGAGGUCAUGAAUGGAGCCAUUCUGCAGCAGGUGUUCGUGGUGGAGUUUGUCAUUCAGCCUCAGAUGUGUGAGGAUUGCCAUCGGGUGGAGGCCAAAGACUUCUGGAAAGCUGUCGUGCAAGUCAGACAGAAGACUGUCCACAAAAAGACAUUUUACUACUUGGAGCAGCUGAUUUUGAAGCACAAGCUGCAUCAGAACACAGUGCGCAUCAAAGAGAUUCAUGAGGGCAUUGAUUUUUACUACGCCUCUAAGCAGCAUGCUCAGAAGAUGGUGGAUUUCUUGCAGUGCACAGUUCCCUGCAGGUCGAAGGCGUCUCAGCGGUUGAUCUCUCAUGAUAUUCACUCCAAUACUUACAACUACAAAAGCACCUUCUCAAUGGAGAUCGUUCCUGUGUGUAAGGAUAACGUGGUGUGUCUGUCUCCACGGCUCGCCCAGAGUCUGGGAAACAUGGGUCAGGUGUGUGUCUGCAUCCGGGUCACCAGCUCUAUACACAUGAUUGACCCCAACACCCUGCAGAUUGCUGAGGUGGAAGGGAACACAUUCUGGCGUCACCCGUUCAGCAGUCUGUGUAGCCCGCGUCAGCUGGAGGAGUUCAUGGUCAUGGACAUCGACAUUAUCAGAGAUCAGAAGUUAGGAGCCGGCGCCGGUCUCACGUCCAAUAAGCACACGUUGGCUGAGGUUUGGGUUCAGAAGACGUCAGAGAUGGACUCUAGUCAUCAGUAUCACUGCAGAACGUUCCUGGGUCACCUGCUGAACAUCGGAGAUCUGGUGCUGGGUUUUGAUUUUGCCAAUGCUAAUAUCAAUGAUGAGUUCCUCAAUAAGAUGAACCCUCACCAUGUUCCUGAUGUGGUGCUGAUAAAGAAGAGUUAUGACCGCAUGAAGCGGGUGAAGAACCGAGUGUGGAAGCUGAGGGAGCUGGACCGAGAGAGAGACGCUACAGACACCGAUGAUGAGAGACAAUACACUGAAUUCCUGGAGGACCUGGAGGAAGAUGAGAUGCUGAGGAAGAACGUCAACAUCUUCAGAGAUGCUUCAAAGAUCCCUGUGGAAAGUGAGACGGAUGACGACGGCGCUCCCAGGAUCUCUCUGGCGGAGAUGAUGGAGGAUCUGAGCCUGAGCGACUCCACCGGUGGAGCAGGAGCCGAUAUGAUGACUGAUUAAUGAACAACACCACAGAUCAGAGCAGGUGUCAGAAGCGUGUGAAGGAUUAAACUAGCCAGACAGCCACGGUUAAUUCUCAUGUUCAUUGCUCAUUUCCUAAUAUGCUGGUGCAGUGAUGCAGUACUAUAAUAAAUAAAAUCAGUGUUUGAAAAAUAAGAGUGAUGGUUGACCCAAAAAUUAAAAUGCUGUCAUUUACUCAUCCUCAUAUGUGACCC